AUGUUCGAAGUUUUCAAAAAAGAACUGAAAUUAAAAUGGCGCCAAUAUUUAGCGGCAUCUUUGGCAAGUUACGGCAGCCUGUGUACAGGCAUGUCGAUGGGGUGGACGUCGCCGGUGCUGCCACAGCUGAGGGGCCCAGGGUCCCCGCUCUCCCACGUACCCACACUGCAAGAGGAGUCCUGGAUAGGAUCGCUUCUCGUGCUCGGAGGGCUUUUAGGGCCCCUAAUAACGGUGCCGCUAUCCAACCGCGUGGGGCGACGGUGGAUUAUAAUGGGCUCGAACGUGCCCCUGUUGCUCGGCUGGUUGCUGGCUGGCGUCGCCACAGGUCUGCCGGCGAUGUACGUCGCGCGGCUGGCGUGGGGCUGCGCCACUGGCAUGAUGUUCGCCACCGUGCCCAUAUACAUCGGCGAGAUCGCUGAGGACAAAAUCCGCGGCUCCCUCAGCGCGCUGUUCCUGCUCUUUAUCAACGUGGGCUUCUUGUUGGCUUACGCGAUAGGCCCCUUCACUUCGUACUGGGGGUUGACCGCAACGGGCGGUAUUCUGUCCCUCUUCUACGUGCCCUGCACUUGGUUCAUCCCGGAGACGCCCUUCUACUUAGUCUACAAAGGCACGAUACAGGAGGCGUCCGACGUGCUGCAGAAGUUGCGCGGGACGAGCAGAGAGCAGGUGCAGCCGGAGCUGGAGGCGUUGCAAGGAGUCGUCGCGAGGGAGUUCAAGGUGGCGCCCAGCAUCAAGGACUUGUGGGCCACCAGGGGAAACGUGAAGGCCUUGGGUAUAUGCGUGUUCCUCGCGAUGUUGCUCCAGCUCUCCGGGAUCGACGUGCUGCUGUUCUACAUGGAGGAGCUGCUCGCGAAAGUGGGCACCAAGAUGUCCGCUUCGGACGGGACCAUCAUCAUGGGUGUGGUCCAGGUCGUCACCAGCUGCGUCACGCCGCUUGUGGUGGACAGGCUCGGCAGGAAGCUGUUGAUGUGGACCACGUCCCUGGGUCUCACCAUCUUUUUGGCCGCGAUCGGCGUGUACGCGCUGCUGGACACCCAUUACGGGUACGACGUGGCGGGCGUCGCCUUCAUACCACUCCUCUGCCUCGUGGUCUACAUGAUCCUGUUCACGCUGGGUGUGGGCCCUGUACCGUGGAUUCUCAUUGCGGAAAUGUUCCCGGUUAGGACGAAAUGCUUGGCCAGCGGUAUUGCCUCCUUCAUGUGCUGGCUCGCCGGGUUCGUAUGGACGAGGUUCUUUCGGGACGUAGCCGCCUCGUACGGCAUAUACACCGCUUUCUGGAUACUGGCCGUGUGCUGCGGCUUCGGCUUCGUUUUCUCCGUCAGCCCACUUCUGCCGGAGACCAAGGGGAAGACCUUCGACGAGAUCCAGGACAUGCUCAACAACAGAAGCAAGGAGGUCAAGCCAGUGGACGUU